CGAGUUGGGAAUGCGAGGGAGUUAUGUAGAAAGCUGUGAUCGGUUGUGAUUGUGGGAUUUAUUAGUAAUAUAUUAAAUAUUAUUAUUAUAUAGGGUUAUAGUAUAUAGCCCAAUGUUUCGAUAUGUUUGUGGAUUUCUUGUUUUCUAUACGCCUUGGAUAUUUGGGUUCCAGCCAGACAUUGUGGAAUAUGAUGGGCAUCUGUCACUUAAUCUUCAGCAUUCCUUUGAUCAUGUCAAAGAACCACAGUUUUUUGACAGAGGAACAGUUGAUAUUCAGAGCAUAAGAACAGGCGCAGUGACAUUAAAGCAGAAGCCUCUUUCAGUAGAAGAUAAGCAGAAGUUGAAAGCUCUUGCCGAAAAGGAUGGACUAUAUCGGUUACGUGCAUUUGUCCAGGCACUGGAUGGCAGAGAAACAUCAUUUCUUACAUUUGUGAAAGCAUGCUCAUUGGCUGAAUCUCACUUGUCAGACAUUUUAACAGUAUCACUGGACCAUACAGGGUCAGUGAUUGCAGUUUCCAUGUCAACAUCACCAGCCAUAUGUGAAGGACGUCAUAUUAGUCAUGAACAUUUGCAGCAUUUCAAUACUACUGUAUUUGUCAAGCAUAUGGAGCAAGGACCUGUUCCUGACACUGCUGCUUAUAUUCAGAAAUUGGAGAAGGAGAGGGAAGCAAGGGAGAGGGGAGAAACAAAAGAUAAUCGGUCGUUCUUGGCUAAAUAUUGGAUGUACAUAGUGCCUGUGGUCAUAUUUGUGGUGCUGUCAGGGGCUGCUAAUCCAGAUGGUGGUGCAGGUACCGGUGGAGGUGGAGCUGGACGGUAGUGUCAUCACAUCAGCACAUUGCAGCCAUUAUGAAGGCACAGGGUGACACUGGUUGCACCCUUUGUGUUCCUGAUCUAACCUUUAGCUUUCAUUAUGAGGUGGUUGCAGCUUUGAUUCUGGAAAGCAGAUUUCUUACAUAAAAAAUGAAGAAAAUUCAGUUUUUGUGAUUGAAACAGUACUCUGCAUAUAGUAGAAUUGUGCUCUUUGUGCAGUUAUGUUUCUAAAUAUUAAAUGAUACAAUAACAGACACUUAUAUGGGAACUCUCUGAUAAUAAGUAAUGAAGUUUCUGCUAAAUUCCGAUGUUAUUCUGAACUUAAAAAGCGACACAUAACUUUUGAGUAUGAAAUCUGAAAAAGGAAAGGAUAAUGUACUAAAUUUAGAUACUAAAAUGGAAUAAAAGCCCACUUUUCUUAUCACAACAGAGUUUGCAGUGCUUUGCUGAAGUAUUUAAGUUUUUAAAGUUGUUAAGUUUGUAGAUUGAAGGCUCAGAAAUGUUCUGUAUAUCCUGCUGCAUUUUGUAUGGUGCUGUGCCCAGUCUUGAAGAUAAUUGAAAAAAAAAAACUUCUUUAUUCUCCUUAUUUUAGUAUUUUUUAAAUACUUGUGUUCAGGUUAUAGAUCACACUAAAAAGAUUACUGUCUUCUGGGAUUUGACGCUGUAUAGAUGGUAGGUAUAUUGGUGUUGAUCUACCAGACUACAUGGCAUGGUAUCCAGGUUACUAAUCGUCAUGGUCCUCAUUAUUGGAACCUAAAAUCUCACAUGAUUAUGCUCAUAUGUUCAAGCAGAGAAUAUUAAGAACACAUAAAUUCAAGUGACUCGUGCCUUUCUGCAGUAUAAUCAGACAGGAGGCAUUAGAAUACUCCAGUUAAUUCAUCUGUUUUUAAUUAAAAAGUAAUGUUUGAAUAUGUUAUGUUACAGAGUUGUGUUUUAUUAUCUGCAGUGUUUAAAUUCCGUUAGCUCAUAUGUGUUAGCCAUUCACAACUUUGUUGAUUGGUCCACAGCAACUUGGGGUUGUAUCUUUAUUGACCUCAAAAUUUGCACUUUUUGUUACAGUUCUCAGCAUAAUUUGUUUAUUAAGUGAUGAAAUUUUAUGUUUCCAUUUUUCAAAGAGUUCCAAAUGAUAGUUUUCUGUUUCACUGCUACAUUAUUUUAAAGGAAGAGAAAUAUCUUCCAUAAUUGUAUUUACAUCAAAGAGAAUCCACUUUCACUGCAGCCAGCCUCCGUUAAUCUUCACCAAACAUAUCCCAUCUGCUACUGAGUUGCACUUCUAAAUAUUAUCAAUCCUAAUUGUAAUAUUGUGUGUAUGGUUUAAUUUUAUGAACCCUGACUUCAUGCAUGAUAAUGGUUUCUUUGUUCUCAUUUGGUGGGUUUUUUUUUCCAUAUGGCAGUGCUGCUUUUGAACAGCUGAUGGAAUUACGUAUACAGAUACAAACACUGACACUCUGGUUCUGUUCAUGUCAACUAAAAUUCGGUACUUCAAUUUUUUUUUUGUAUUGCUUAUGAAGUAUAACUUAGGAAAAAUGUAAAACCGGUGAGUUGCA